AUGGGCGCCGGCAGCCCCCGAAGCGCUCCUCCGCGGGGCGCCGGGCGUCCCGGGCGUCCCGCGCGUCCCGGGCUCGGCUGCCUCUGGGUGGCCCUGCUCGCGCUGAAGACUGUGCGAGGGAGCGGGGACACUGAGCUCCCUGACCCUAUCUACCUGCCGGCCACACUGGAACUCUUAGAUGCCCCGGAGUAUUUCCGCCUACAGCAGAUUGGACACUAUCCUCCUGCCAACUCCUCACUGGGCUCCCGUUCUGAGACCUUCCUGCUCCUCCAGCCCCGACCUACAGCCCAGCCCCUUCUCCGGGCAUCCUACCCACCCUUCACUACCCAGCAGGCUGUGCCAGCCUGGACCACAGACCCCGGUGGUCUGCUUGCAGACUGGGAUGUUCGGGCUGUGUCAGUGGAGACCAUACUCACGCCACUAGACCCCCACGUGCGGGUCCUCUUCUACCUCAAAGGGCAGGACUGGCAGCCUGGCCCCCGAAAUCUGCCCUGUGCCCGGCUCCAUGCCAUCCACUCUCUGGGCACUAUACACCAGGCCUGUCGCUUCCAACCAUCGCUGGGUGCUUGCAUGGUAGAGAUGAAAUUCCCACGGCACUGGUUCUCAAACAUCGCCACCACCAAGGCUGAGCUGGCCUACACCUUGGAGCCAGCGGCAGGGGACCCCGGACAGUGUGCUCCAGCCGGCGAAGGGGUUCCCCCAGAUCGGUCUCUCCCUGUGGGGUGGGUCGAGAUCCAGCAGGCUGAUCCCCCUCGCCAGCAAGAGGUGCCCCUGGAUGACGCUGUCCGCCUUCGAGUGUCCGAUGCUGCCGUGAGGCCUGGGCAGUCCUUCAGUGCUACCAUCCUGCUGAGACACAACUUUACCGAUAACUCCCUAAUGCUCUGGAUCAAGGUCAAGAAGGGGCUCCAGGUGACAGCCGCCCGUCCUGCUCACCCCUCCCUAUGGACAGCCAAACUGGAAAAAUUAAAAGGCUCCAAGCAUCACACGGUGCUCAUCUCCUGCCAAGCCACCGGGCCUAAGUGGUCAGACACCAGCCUGCCUGGAUUCACAGAGUUCCUGUGGGUGGACUUUGCCGUGGAGAACAGUACAGGGGCCUCAUUGUCCACCCGUCCAGUUACAUGGCAGCUGGAAUACCCAAGCCAGGUCCCUGAGGCCAAGAAGGAUAAGAUGGUGUGGGAGAUCCUGGUGUCUGAGCGGGGCAUCCGGGCGCUUGUCCCCAUGGCAAAGACCGAGGAGCUGGUGAACACCGCCCCCCUGACUGGCAUUCCCCAAAGAGUACCCAUACGCCUGGUCACCGUGGAGCUGGGUGGAGCUGUGGUGGAGGUCACUGAGCAGGUGGGCUGUGAAUCAGCCAACACUCAAGUCCUGCAGGUGUCCGAGGCCUGUGAUGAGGUGUUUGUGGAAGGCAAGGAGAGCCAGGGGGCCCGGGGAGUCCAGGUGGAUUUCUGGUGGCGCCGGCUCCGGGCCUCACUCCGGGUCACUGUGUGGACUCCGCUGUUGCCGCUGCGAAUUGAGAUGACGGACACCACCCUGGAGCAAGUCCGAGGCUGGCGGGUUCCCGGGCCAGCCAGCGGCGCCCCCGCCGAGCCUGAGGAAGGAGGCGAGGAGGCAGACCGGCGGGCACGAAGCUGCCGGCUGCAGUACCAGCGUGCUGGCGUCCGGUUCCUCGUCCCCUUCGUUGCCCACCCUCAGGAUGGGGGCCGCCAUCUUACUUAUCUCCUGGGCCCUGACUGGCUGCUGGAUGUGUCUCACCUUGUGGGACCCCAUGCCCGUGUCCAAGACCCCCGAGUGGCCACGCUGGAGGGUGGCAGCGUGCUGGUUGGACGGGAGCCAGGGGUCACUUCCUUGGAGGUGCGCUCACCACUCUCCGACUCCAUCCUCGGAGAGCAGGCUCUGUCCGUGACAGACGAAAAGGUCUCUGUGCUGGAACUUCGGGCACAGCCAGUCAUGAGCAUUUCCUUGGCGCUGAGCCGGGGCACCGCCCACCCUGGGGAGAUCACUGCGACUUGUUGGGCACACACAGCUCCACCCGGCUUGAAACAGGAAGUCGCUUUCUCCCUGUGGCUGGCCUUCUCGGACCGCACUCUGGCCCCAGCAGAGCUGUUUGGCCACAGGAACUUGGCCCUGGCAGUUUCCACUGAGGAGCCGGGAGCCUUCUCCUCAGCGGUCCCUGGCAGGGAGCGAGGGGCCUUCUUUGGGGGGCUGGUGAGUGGAGGGGCCAACGAGGGGAUGCCCCUGCAGGUGGGGCUGCACUCCCCGGAGUCCUGCCGCCGGGGCAAACACCGGCCCCCGCUGGCCUCCACCACGGCCUGGCUGGGGGCGCCCCCCGUGCCCCCUCGGCAGCACGAGCAGGUCCCCCUGACCACCUCUGCUCCCCCGGUCACUGAGAGCAAUGGGGGAGGGGGGAGGCGUCAGGGGCCAGGGGGCGAGGGGGGACUGAGGAGCAAGUUUGAGCGUCCAGAGGACCUCGGGGAGGAGCAGGAGGAGGAGGAGGAAGAGCAGGACGAGGAGGAGGAGAUGGUGAGGGCCCCUCAGAGGGUGACGGACCUGGAGCUGGGCCUCUACGCCCUGCUCAGCAUCUUCUGCCUGGCCAUCUUCAUUUUCCUUGUUAACGGUGUGGUCUUUGUGCUACGGUACCAGCGCAAAGAGCCCCCUGAUGCCCCAGCCUCCGGGGGCCCCGCUUCCCCCCAGCCCCACAACUGGGUCUGGCUGGGGACGGAUCAGGAGGAGCUGAGCCGGCAGCUGGACCGGCGACCCCCCCGGGAGGAGAGGCCCCCAAGCCCAGCUCCCCCUGCCCCAGGGGAGGGAGGCUGCCACUGUGAGGGAGGGGGGGGAGGAGGAGGCGGAGGAGGCAGUCCGGACCCUACCCCACCCUUGGGGGCCACCCUGCCCCGGAAGGAGCCCGGGGGCCGAAGGAAGCGGGUGGAGUUUGUGACCUUUGCGGCGGCACCCCCGGCCCGGCCCCCCGAGGAGCCUCCGGCCCCCGCGGUCCAGUCCAUUCUGGUGGCUGGGGAGGAUGACAUCCGCUGGGUGUGUGAGGACAUGGGGCUAAGGGACCCCGACGAGCUGAGAAGCUACAUGGAGAGGAUCCGGGGCAGCUCCUGACCUCCAGCCCCUUGGCCCCGAUGCCCAGCCUGGGGACGUUGGGCCCACAGUCCUGGGGGGCGGGAGUCAGAGAAUGCCCUUCCCCAACUGCAGACAUUUCUCUUGUGGGUGCUGACCUGAGUCCUCCCGUCUCCCUGCCUGCCAACCCACCCCAAGGCCCUGGCUUCCCACGCCCCCACUCCCCAUCUCACUGCUGUGGGGUGAGGAAGGGCCGGUGCCCCGCUAUUUAUGACAAAUGUUUUAUUCUUACGUUGGGUACAAAAUAAAGUGGAAAGGAAAUCAGA